AUGGUUUCCUUUCAGCCUGAGGAUUUUGUAGAGAAGUUUCGGAGAGAUGGGAUGGUUGUCCUGCAGAAUUUUGUUACCUCUGACGAAGUGCGAGAGUUGAAAUCUGCUUGCGCUGCAAUUUUGGAAAAAAUGGACCAGGAUGACGUGCCAAAGGUGUCAUUCUCAACGAUCAACAACAAACAUCAUUCGGAAGCGUAUUUCAUCGAGAGCGGAGACCGAAUCCGACCAUUCUUUGAAGAAGGCGCCUUCGACCCUACAACCGAGAAACUCAGGCUACCCAUCGGAAACUCGGUGAACAAAGUGGGCCACGCGUUGCACGUUCUCGAUCCCGUCUUCUCCAACUUCACACUUGGCCCACGAUUCCAAUCCCUAGCCAUUGCCUUGAAGAUGACCGACCCGCGGAUCGUUCAAAGCAUGUACAUCUUCAAGCCGCCGGGGAUCGGCGGCCCUGUUGUGCCCCAUCGGGAUGAGACGUAUUUGCGAACGGAACCCGAAGAGGAUUCUGAGUUGGUCGGUGUUUGGUUGCCGCUGGAUUCGGCGACAGAGGAGAACGGGUGCUUGUGGUUUGUGCCUGGGUCUCACGCUGAGCGCUCAACCAGGAAGUUUGUGCGGGUUCUGGAUGGUGGAACAGUUUCAACUGUGUACGAGGGCGAAGAGGACGCUGUUCCUAGCGAUGAAGCUUGGGUUCCUGUUCCAGUUGAACCAGCACAGUUGAAUUAUCGUCUGAAAAACGCUGAAAUGUGA